AUGCAGAACACGGUGAUUAGCGGCCUCGACCAAUGGUGGUUGGCCACAUCCCUGCUGGAGAGGUUGCUGUACAACUGCACCCUGAUCACAUACAACAGCGUGCUGAACGCUUGUGAGAAGUCGGGCCAAUGGAACAGUGCUCUUAGGAUCUUCACUCAGGCGCUGCAGCACUUUAAAGUGGAUGCCUUCUCUUACAGUGCAGCCAUCAGCGCCUGCGACUCGGCCCUUUUAUACUUGGGAGGUGAGAAAGGCUUGGCAUGGACACGAGCCCUGCAUUUGGAACAAAGCAUGGCACCGGUGCCUCAGAAUUUGCUGUGUUACAACGGCACCUUGAGCGCAUGUGAGAAGUCCUCUCACUGGGAAUUCGCUUUGCAUAGCUUUCUUCAGCACAUCAACCGACCCCUGAAGGUGGACGGCUUCACCCUGAACGCCCUGCUGGGCGCGCUGGCGCGAGGCUCCCAGUGGCGUUGGGCGCUGUGGAUAUUGCAAGGGCAGUUGCGGUGGGCGAACAUCAUCAGUUACAACACUGCCAUGCUGGCGUGUGUUGAAAGUGAGCAGUGGAAUCAGUUGCUGCAGCUCUUGGAUGAGCUUCCGAUAGCUGCGGACCUCAUCACGAUGAACACCAUGGCCAGCGGCUCAUACAGCCAUUGGAUACGGCAGCUGCAGGUGCUGUCCAGUUACAAGUUUUCGUCCUUGGAACCAGACAUCCUCACCACCAACCUCCAGCUUUCAGCGGCGCAUGGCGGCAACGGUUGGCACCAUGCGCUGCAGUGCUUUCUGGCGCAGCGGGACCGCAACAUCAUUACCUACAAUGCGUCGCUGAAAGCACUGGGCUCUGCCAGUUGGCUCCGCAGCCUCUGGAUCUUGCAGAGCCUCAUGGAGCAGGCGCCACGUGGCCUGCGUGGCGACGUGUUGACCUUUGAGGCGUGCCUGGCGUCCUGCGAAGGGCAAUUCUUGCAAGAGGCCAAGUUGCUGAACAUCGUUUCACAGACAUCUCUCGAGUUGAAGCUGUGGAACUGUAAAAAUUGGCCGAGACCACGGGGCAGUCCAACCCCAAGGAGGUAUCGCAUGAUUCUAUGA